UGCUUUUUUGAACGUGAUUAUUUUAUUUCUGAUUAUUGGAACGAAAUGAACUAAAUGACAAAAUAAACAAAUUAAAUGUUGCGUUCAUUUGGAUGAACGGGAUUCAAAGAUCCGAAUCACUAAAAUGGAUUUUUCCAUCACUAGUGCGAGGUAUGCUGCGCAGAUUGGACAGUCUGAACACACCGAAGAGGCGGGCUCGUUCAAAAACACUUCCACCGCGUCUAACAAACGCUUCGGGCACGAGCACGUUGUUCUGCUCGUUGUUUUAAAGUUUUUAGUGACUUUAAAAUCACAUUAUAGAGAAAAAAUUAACAAGUUCCAAUCUCUUGUUUAGUUGUGUUAAAAAUCAAGUCAACACACGGCGUUUAUCUUCGUGAUAUUCAUUGUUAGCAAGCUAGCUAGUUUGUUUUGUUAGUCUUUGGCACUUUCUUCAUGGAUACUUUGGAACUAAAUCCUCAUCCAGUGACUCCAGCAGCGAGGAUCCUGGCGAGAUGUGUAGCCUCAGGCACAAUGUCUCAGAAAGAGCUUGAUAAUGUAACACGAGAGCCAGACAUAUUUUCCCCACGUCUUCUUGAAAUCGAGCAACUAAAUCAAAUCAAGCAUGAGAUUGACCAGGUGAGCUUGGACUUGGAGAUGUUAAGACUUGAGAAAAGCAGUGCAGAUGUUACUCACAGUUAUUAUCUAAGUCAGAGAUUUGCAUCCAUGCAGAAGUUCACGUCGCAUCUACAGGAAGUGCUGAGAGAACAGACGAGUUUGCGGCAAAGGCUUAUGAAACCUCUUUGCCAGCAGAACCUGCCUAUACAGGCUGAUCUUCAUCGAUAUGUGGUCACACUCAUGGCAAUGGUGGUUGAGUUCAUUGAGACUUUGGAGAUGAAAAUGAAGAGGAUCCAAUUAAUUCCAUCAACUGAUGAAUCACUGUGUAAUCUGAAUAAUGGCAUGAUUCAGCUCCUGGCUCAAGUCACAGAGGUGGAGAGUCUGACAAAGCAAGUUCUACAGCGGAGUAGCACGCCAGAGGACAAAAUGUCCAGCUGAGAGAAUGUUAAACUGCAGGGCCCAUCCCACAAAAUGUAUAAAAUGACCUAAGUUGUGACUUAAUGUAAUUAAUUAUUCAUUGCUUUAUUCACAAUAUCAUUCUCUUCACAUGAAGCAGCUUGUUGGUUAUGGUUUCUUUUUGGUGUCAACGUAAAUCUAAAACAAAUGUUGGAGGAAAAACAGGAAACGAACAGUAAUAUGCACAGUGUCUGUAAAUAUGUUGUGUGUUAUGUAUGAGUGGUUUACUUUACUUUGUAAAUGCUUAAAUAAACACUUUCUAUUACA